AUGAAUCCCAAAGCCUUUAAUUUAUUCUUAAUCUUUUUUUCAUGCUUGCUGGCAUUUACAAUUUUCGCAAAUGCUGAAUAUGAGCAAACUGAGCCUUGUGAAGAUUGCUGCAUAAAAUCUGGCAGAAGAUGGACAAAUCAAUGCCAUCGUGGUACAAUUGAAUACUCUUCUCCAAGAGAUGACAUUCUUACUGCGGAAGAAUGUUGCAAAGAAUGUCUUUCGAAUGAUGAUUGUAAUCAAUGGGCUUUUGGAUCUCCAGAUAACCUUGGUCUUUCAGCUUAUCCUAAUGAUACUGUAUCGUUAUGUUUCCUUUACUGCAAUGAUGCAUCUAGCGAAGCACCUGAAGAAGCCACGCUUGAAAUUCCAUUGUCUGAAACUACGCUUGAAAUUUGUGAGCUACCAUCCAUGUCAAGUCAAGAUCUUUUUGACUGUGGUGUUAUUCAUUGCUAUGAUGAAGGAUGUUUUGAUUAUUAA